AUGGCUGGAAACGUGCCUGCGCCUCCGAUGUUUUUGCCGUGCCCGGGAGAGCCGUCGACACCCUUCAACAAUUACCUGCUGGUAAUUAAUGCAACGAGAAACGCUUGGCCUGAAGCUCGCAGGAGAGCUACAUUACUCCACUGUCUCGGAGCAGAGGGACAACGGACUUUCUACUCGUUACCAGAUACAGGUGACACCUUUGACUCUGCUGUCGCUGCUCUAGAGAAACACUAUACACCCAAAGUAAAUGUUGUUGUGGAACGACAUGCCUUCAGACAGCGAAGACAAGCACCUCAUGAGACUAUUGCACAAUUCCGCAGAGUUCCUUACGGUCUUGCGUCUGCUCCCUCAGCCUUCCAGAAAAUGAUGGCUGAAAUCCUCAACGGCCUCCCAGGUGUUCAAAAUUAUUUGGAUGACCUCAUCGUCUAUGGCAACACCCUUGUUGAGCAUGACCAGAACCUCAACACUGUCCUCCAAAAGCUGAAGGAGGCUGGACUGGUGCUCAAUGAGAACAAGUGUCACUUCAGGAAGACCUCCCUACGCUUCCUAGGCCAUACCAUUACCGCAGAUGGCAUCCUUCCUGACCAAGAGCAUAUUAAUGCCGUCUUGAAAGCCCCUCCCCCAUUUGAUGCUGUUGCCCUGAGAUCAUUUCUGGGCCUAGUAUCCUGGUACUCAAAGUUUCUGCCUAACUUUGCGACAGUUGUGGCUCCUAUGCGUGCCUGUGCCAGUGAUAAAGACACAUUCACAUGGACCCCUGCAGCACAAAACAGCUUUGAGGAAGUCAAGCAUCUUCUCGUGAACAGUCCUGCACUUGCUCUUUUCGACCCUUCUCUGCGACCUGUGAUCUCCACAGAUAUAAGUGACUACGGACUUGGAGCUGUCUUUGCACAAGUGCAGCGUGAUGGCACAGAAAAAACACCAGGCAUUGACAACACUGCUCAGCACAAAAGGAAUCGGUCGGGCUGGAAUGCCCGCUGGUCUGCACGACUGCUCUGUUUUGACUAUGAUAUUGUCUAUCGACCAGGCUCCCAGAACUACACGGCUGAUUGCCUGUCACGUCUUCCCUUGCCUGUGCCUUCUGACUCUAUUCCAAAUGCAGAACCCGAGAUGGUGGCACAGAUUUCUGCUACCCUGAGCUCCCUUCCAGUGGCCGACUUUGACUCUGCUUGUCCUGAACUGUCCGCCCUGCGCUCACAAAUUGAGAUUCCACUGCCUGAUGGGCCAUGGAAGAAACUUGGCAUUGACAUUGUUGGACCCUUUGAUACAGCAGUUCCUGCUUGCAGGUAUGCCAUCACACUGACAGACUAUUACUCUAAUUGGCUUGAGCUGGCCUUUUCACGUACUGCCACUACUGCAGAUGUUAUUCACCUCCUGAUCUCUGUAUUCUGCCGUCAUGUCUACUAUCCUGCUGCUAACGGAGCUGUUGAGAGAUUCCAUCGUGCUCUGAGAAGCUGCAUUCAAACCGCCAUUCAACAGUCACAACCAUGGAAAGAGAUUGUUAUGAACUGGCUCCAGGUGUAUCGUGCAACGCCACAUGCUGCAACUUCAACCUCACCAUAUGAACUCCUCUAUGGUAGGAAGAUGCGCACCAAACUGGAUAUUCUUCCCCUGCCGUCUGCCAUGUCUCCGCUGGAUGUUUCUGCUCGUCAUGCAGUUCAGAGACAUCAGGAAAAUAUGCAGCAUUACACUGAUGCUAAACGUGGCGCACGCAUGCCUUCUUUCCGAGAAGGAGACAGAGUGAGGAUAAGGAAGCCUCAUCAUGUCCCUAAAGCUCAUCCCAGAUUCACUUCCCCUGCAACUGUGAGGAAGAGAAUAGGUCCAAACUCCUUCUUACUGAGUGAUGGAAAGACUUGGAAUGCUGCACAUCUUGCCCCCACUCCUCCAUUGGUUGGACAAGACUGUGACACAUCUGGACUGCUACACACAGGUGUUAGUCAUUCCCCCUCUCACAAACAGCAACGUGUCAAACACAAGCCCAAGUGGCAUAAGGACUAUGUUACUCUCGCUCUCGCUCUCUCACCCACCCACAUAACCACACACAAACACACACACACACACACUCAGUCAGCGGCAGAGCAUGUGUCGGUGCAGAUCUGUGUUCGGGAAAUAAGAGAUGAGAAAGAGGACACAGUGUUAGGAAGUUUGCCGCUGCUCAGUUUCCAGAUUGGGGGAGUGGACCCUUCGGAUAAUAUCACCCGCAAGUUUGCCUUUAAGGUGUGGUUGGAGGAGGAGGAGGGUGAGGAUGGAGAGUUAAAGGGUCCAGUUGUGUUUUGCAUGCAGGCGGAGCACGCAGGAACCAGGACUUACUACUUCAGCUCAGACAGCCAUGAGGAGCAAGAGGAGUGGAUCAGAGCCAUGACUGAGGCUGCAGAGGUCACCGUUAAGCCAACACAGAGAACAAGCUCAGACAGCACAGUUCUCAACCAAACCCUGCUGACCCGGGCACCUGACCCCCAAACACAACAGCUUCCACAGCCACACACACACAACCAAACUGAUAGUGAUGCCCCCCUCCACCUUAAGAUCAAUGGGGUAGACAACCUGGAUACACCUCCACCCUCAACCCCUUGCUCUGAUCAGGAGGGAAAGAAGAACGAUGGGAGAAAGGGAGAAGGUGGAGGAGAAGAUGAAGGUGGAGGACCUGGUUCAUGCUACCCCGCUCUGUCAAACCACCACCCAAAUGGCUGGGGCCACUACGGCCCUCCCAACACCAUGCCCCACAAAAGCAACAGCAAACCCCCUCUAUCGAGGAGUCACAGUGGACAUCACACCCCUCAGGGACAUCCUGAAGCACUCAACCCCAGAGAGCAGCAGGAGAACGUGGUGUUGAGAAGGGGCUUUGUUCCCAGGACAGCUCCAGAGAGGGUGGCUCAGAGAAAGAGCUCCAUGGCUCAGCUGCAGCAGUGGGUCAACCAGCGGCGCGGCGUGGCCUCCCAGGAAGACAUCAACAGCCCAUCUCGUUAUUACCCAGUGAAUCGAGGGGUCUCAUCUGACUACUAUGGCUACCUUGGUGGUCCCCACUAUGUGGAGGAGUACCCUCUCUACCAGCCAGGGGUCCGACCUGAUAGCAUCUGCUCUGUUUCUGCUGUGGGAGGAUACGACCGCCGUUGGACUGUUGAGGAGAAGCGCCGCUCCCUGAGGGACGGACCCCACCAGAUGUAUGGACAUCCAAUGUCCAGGGAUACAUGGGGGCCACAGUACUAUGGAGGAAUGGACACCAACAUGAGGCGUCUGUCCAUCCAGCCACGCUCAAGGUCUGUGCCCAGGUCACCGUCCUCGUCAUCCGGGGGUCCCUACUCACCGGUGCCACCUAACUUUGCCUCACCAGCUCGAUCGCCAUCUGCCCACUUCGAUAGGUUUCCAGGAAGGAUGAGAGACGACGCCAUCUAUGCUGAUCCAUCCAUCUACAGCCUGAGGAGAUCUCUCAGCUCAUCAAAAUAUGACUACCCUGGUGAUAGGAGGUCCUUAAGCCAAGGAUUAUACCACUACAACUACCCUGUAUCCCCUUCCAUCCACAAUAAAAUGGAGGACAUAUUAGACCUUCAGCUCCAGCGUAACCUGGACUACCUAGACCAGCAGGUGCCUCCUUUUCAUGAUGUCUAUAGCAGAGAGUUACACCCCACGCUGAAGCUCAAUGAGAUUGAAACCAGUAAACUCUUGGGUCGACUGUGUGAGCAGAACAGAAUUUUGAAAGACCAUGAGGCUGUUGUCCACAGAUUGAGAAUGGACAAGGAUAGCCUAGAGGAGGCACUGGUGGCAACUCAUCAGGAGAUGGAGCUGUACCAUAACCAGCCUCUGGCCAUGGAAAAGCUGCAGUUCAAAAAGGAAACAUUACAGAACAAGCUCAUCAACAUCAGAGGAGAGCUCUCCCAGGCCUCCAGUGCUUUAACCACCACUCGCAUGGAAUUUGAAGCAUUAGAGGAUGAGGCCAAUGCCAUCCAUGGAGAUCUAUGGGAGCAGCUUAAUGCAGGAGUGCAGAGCGAACUGGUUCGAAGGCACAUCCAGAAAGAGUUUUGGAGAGUCCAGGAUGUGUUAGAAGGAUUGCACAAGAAUAAGUCCUCCAGAGGCACUGACACAGCCAAGCACAGAGUGGCCAGUGGUGCAUCAGGAUCCUUUAGCACAAAUAGUCCUGCCAGUCCCCUGAGCUCAGUAAGCCUCACCAGCCCACUCAGCCCCUUCUCCCCAGUGCCCGGCUCCCAGGGCUCCCCCACCAAACAGCUGGGCCCGGAGGAAAGUGUUCCCCCAAGACCUCCCCUCCCUAAGUCCUAUUACCCUUUGGAUCCUUCCCCCACCUUCCCUCCCUCCACCCCCCCCCUGCCCUUUGACAGCACCGCCUGGCUACGCAGCUUGGGCAUCGAUGAUGGUAACCUUGAUGAUGAAGAUUCUCACAUCAGAAAGUCCAGGUUUGGAGAACAGAACAAUAGCAGUGAUAUGCAGGACCAGGUCCAGGACAGGCAUUCCAACAUGAAUAAAGUUGGCAUUGUUCCUCCAAGAACCAAAUCACCUGCUGAUGAAUCAUACAGCACUGCUGGAGUUUCCCGGCCUAACAGCAGAUUGCCUAAUGGAAUUUCUAGGGAGCGUCCAAAAAGCGCUGUGUUUCCUACAGACGUGAAGUCAAAGAUGAGUGUGGAGGAGCAGAAUGAGCGAAUCCGUCGCAACCAGAGCAGCUCUGUGAGGGACAAGAGGCGGAGCCUAAACCUAUCAGGCAGUCAGUCUACAGCCAACUACAAAGUGGUUCGUAGGCGUCUGACAGCUCAUGAGAUAGACAUCAAAGACUUAGAGGCAGCGGUUCGAGGCCCGGGGCUGGAGUCUCCUCGGGAGGAAAUUGCUCGGCUGAGACGGUUAGAGGUUGAACCAGAACACUUUGACCUGGACAUCAACAAAGCGCUGAUGGCUCCUGACAAGGUUCUGAUCCCAGAGCGCUACCUGGAUGAAGAUGAUAACUCUCCUCUGAGCCCAGAGGAGCAGAAGGAGAAGCAGAAAAAACUGGAACGGAUCAAGACCCUCAUUGCCAAAUCAAAUUUGCAGAACAUGGUUCCUCUCCUGGAUGGCCCAGUGGAGGGUGGAGCCCCAGUGAGCUCCCAGCAACAGUUGCAGGAACAGGAGAAGCGUAUUGAGAUCUCCUGUGCUCUGGCUGCUGAGGCCUCACGUCGUAGCCGCUUUCUCUCUGCCCAGUGCGCCCACAGUCCCCCCACCUCCCCGACCAGCCUGGCCCCUCCCCCUUCCACUGCUGACUUCCCCAACUCCGCCCACAUCAUGAAGGUGUGAGUCUGAGCAGUUCAAGCCCUGGCUGCUGUCAAGUUCGAUGGAGCAUCUUUCUGAGGAUUCACUGAACAAGCUGAGCAACGAAGAUUGCCUGACUUUUCAUUUUUUUAGUAGCUAAACUGAUACAACAAAGGCACGGAUAUCUGUCAAAGGAGGUCAUUAGAGGAAAGUGCAAAUUUGCAUACCACAUUAACACUACGAAGUCUUAAAAGCUCACUUCCCCAAACUUCAAUUCAUUCAACCCACCACUGUCUUCUAACAUGUGUGUGUGUGUCUGGAGGCACAGAGGAAUGCUCCACUACUCUUACCUGCUUCAAGAGGUGGAAUAGUUCUUUAUCAUUUAGCUCAGGACAUAUUCUACAAAGUACAGAUUAUUGAUGAACUAUGAUGAGGACGAUGAGAUGUUUUACACUCACUGUUUGAUAUGGAUCUGUUCACAAGGAGAAACUACAUAUGAGAGGCCAACACCGGAGAUGAACCACGAGAAAAGCUGCAGAUAAAUGAAGAGAGGUAUUGAUGCAGUCAGAUGAACGUGACUGAAGGAACAUGCUUCUGGACAUUAAAAGCCAGAGAAGAACGUUUAUUAUCCAUAAAUCUCCAUAUCUACCAUAGUAAGCCCCCAGUGACCCCUCACCCAGUGAGGAGCAGUACUCGAUGACAGACUGAUUUUGGGUAUUUUCCCACAAUGACACAUGCUCCCAGACCGAAACAAGAGAGAAGCCUCUCACCCUUUGUGAAAAGCUGAGCGAUCUCUUUCUGAACUCACUGUGAUGCCUGUUUUACCAAAACCUCCCUUCCAUAGCCUGCUCCAAUCCAUUCAGUCUGAUCACAAAUCAGUCACAUUCAUAUGCAAACAUUAACAUUCCAUACAUUUUUAGGGAGCAAGUAGAAUCGCCUGGAGUAUACUUAAUUUUAAUAUGUCAUCCAUUUUUCAAACCAAACACAAGAACACAUAAGCAAGAUGAAGAGCAUUUCAUGAACCACGACUCGUCCUACAAAGCUGCUAACUACAGCUAUAUAGUGAAAUCAGAAUAUGACAUAUGUGACACACAGUGUUUCCUUGUAUCCCUCACCCUGUCUCAUAUUUGCUGUCAUGCUCAGUAUUUUUCAUUCAACUGCUGUAGGAUCAGACAGUAUACUCCCAGACCUUAGAGAUGCACAGUUUUAAUACCACUCUCUUUCUUUCUGUCCCAUUAAUAAUGCUAUUGUCAUACUGCUGUCAGAGAUGGAACUGGUGUAACAGCCCUGUCAGAUUGCUCAAGCUGAAAUAUUUUCUUUUAGUUAAAUAAAGGUAAUGUUGUGCUACCUGCAUGGUUGAGGGUUGUUAAACCCAAGACACACUCACUUUGGUUGGACAUGCAAAUAUUAUUUUGUUCAGUCUAAAGUGGGCUUUCCCCAUUUUCAUCAGUCCAUCACUGAAAUGAGCAUAACACCAGCAGUGGAAUGUGUACUUGGGUUGACCAUGCAUAUUUCAACUUUUUAAAAAAAACACUAGAAGGAAGUGACACAAUCCUGCGUUCUGGAUAUAAAGAAGCAUCUGUAUGAGGCAGCAACAAAGCCAAAAAGGAGAAACAGAAAUUGCUCAAAGUCAAAGGUAAGUUCAGAAGCUUUUUCUGUGCUCAACCUACAGCAUGUGCUCAUGGCGACUACAGUUUGGUACUUAUGGUAAGGUUUCAGUAAAGUCUCUAACUUGCCUAACCAUCUUUGCAUAACGUUGAUGGUCAUUUGGUGGUUAGACAAUAAAAAUGUAAGCACACACUGCUGGUGGGAAGCAGAGAGCCAUCCACAAACCUUCACACCAUCACUGUACAUUGGUCUAUGGAAACAUAGCAUGUCUGAGCUGUUUUGGUACAGAACACUGGCACUGAGUAUAAUUCUCUAAUUCAGUAUAGUUGCAUAUGACUGUAAUUCAUAUGAGUUGCAACCUGAAGCGUUACCUCACAGCAUUUGGUGAUGGUGUCACAUUUGGAUAAAUCAUCACAUUGCUCAAGAAAUUACCCCAGUGAUUGUCUACAGAUAUAGGUUUAAGUAUGUUGGUUUUAUCUUUAUAAAUGGUAAGCUGUAUGUGGAAAGUGAAAAUAGAAGUGACCUUAGAUGUGUAACUGUCUGUGUAGAGAAGCUAGCUAAUGAUACAUUCGUUUGAGAAGAAAUAUAAUGGGAAAUCCUGUCAUGUAACAUAUUCCAGCAAGACUUGUCAUGACUUGACAUGUCAUCAUGCAGUGCCAUAGAAUGAAACAUGUCUCUGUGUUUGUUGUGAUCAAUAGACAUAUUCAUGUAAAGGAGUUUGAAUCUGGAGGAAAUGUAAUGAUUGAUGCUACCACUGGAGGGUGCCAAAGUUAAUGUUCUAAAUCUGAACAUAGUGGCUCAGUGGCAUCGUGAUGAAACUCCAAAAUGACCAAAAUGAUAUUGGUAAAUAAAACAUUUUAAAAUUAAAAUAAAACAAUGUUUAAAUUAGCCAUUUAUCAUUUAUUGGGUUAGGGUUAUUUCUCAGUGACAUUUUUUUCUUAAUACUCUUUUUUAAAACUGAAGAAAGGGUAACCUAAAUCAAAAUAAUGAAAUCCCAUUUCAUAUUUGUCAGUAUUGGCUUCUCAGUUAAACAGAACAAGUGGAAAGUGGGGACUUUGAUCUGCUGGUAUUUUAGAGCAGUGACUGCUUCUACCAAUGUCUUUCAUAUGUCAUGCUAAAGUCACUGCUAUCUCUAUCAUAAAAAAGUGUUUUAACUUUUUGUGAUAUAAGAUCUUGUUCUCAGUCUCUUCAUUGCAAAAUCCACCAAGGUGGAACUGUGUAACCCCAUCCACACCCCUCCUGUCUGUCAUGUUUAUCACUGUUCAUCAUGCUUGUGUUGCUUACACACUUCAAUGUUCAGGUGACCUGUCUUUACAGAAAGCUGUAUGUACUCAGAUUUAGAGACGAUAUGUUGCAGAAAAUGAAAUAAUGAAAUUCUAUACUGAAAGCAGUUAACACUUUUCACUAAGCAAAAACAAACGAGGAUUUAAGAGAAUACUUCUAUUUUUUCUUGUUUUCAGUUUUUUUUUUUUAGAAAGGGAAUACAUUCAAAAGAGGCAGUACAUAUUUUUUUAGAUGCAUGGUUAUUCAAUGACAAGUUGACAGGUGCAAUUUUUACACUCAAUUACUCAACGUUUUGCAUUUUUCCACAAGACUUUGUUUUUAUUGUAUUGCUGUUGAGGACUGUGCAGAACAUAGAUAUUUUUGGAUUAAUUGGAAUAUGAUGUGUUAAAAACUGACAGCCGAACGGUGGUGUCCAAUAUUUGAUACUAGAUGUAGCAUUUGUGGCUUAUGAAAAUAAAGAAUAUAUACAUUAUAUAAAUUGGUCAGUGUAUAUAGUAUUAUGAAUUUCAGUUACUAUCAUACUAUCACAUGUAACCAUUGCUACGUUGGGGGAAAAUAGGCAAACUGCUUGAACUAUGCAAAUGAUAAAAAAGAGACAAAUAAUACGCUAGCUUUCAGAAAACCUUGCAAUAAAGUGAAUGUAAACAAAUGUGUUCUCUAGAUGCUUCUGAAUUUACCACAAUAUUUUGUAUGAUAAAAACAUGUCUCACUGUCUGGAAUGAUGAUAUAUUUACUGCUGUUUAAUCCACUUGUUGAUGAUGAAUUUCACUGCCAAAAAUACUGAGACUACUGAGGUAAACUGUCCAGCCCGCUUGUUAACAAUAGGCUCCCUGAUGAUAUUCUGCAGACUUUGAUAUAUCAAAUUGUAUGUCUGAAUGAAUAAAGUACAAAAGCAAAGACA